GUGUGAGCAGAAAUGUCAUGUGACCGCAAGCUCCGCCCCUCCAGCACCAGCGCCGGAAGUUCUUCACGGAUCCACCGGAAGCUGUAGGGUUGCCAGGCCUGGCUGCUGUACUGGAUGGUGUGGCUCCUGUGACCCUCGAGAUGCCGCUGACAGACCUUGUUGCUGCGCUGAAGGACAAUCCCUAUUUUGGGGCAGGUUUUGGACUCAUUGGGGUGGGCACGGCGCUGGCACUCGCUCGCAGGGGGGCCCAGCUCGGGAUGAUUGCCUUCCAGAGACGCUGCAUGAUCACGAUGGAGGUGGCCAGCCGAGACAAGAGUUAUCACUGGUUGCUGGCCUGGAUCACACACCACGCUCAGCGCACACAGCACCUCAGUGUGGAGACUUCAUACCUACAGCACGAGAGUGGACGUAUUACCACCAAGUUCCAGUUUGUGCCCAGCCCGGGAAACCACUUCAUACGGUACAGAAACAAAUGGCUUCGUGUUGAGAGAAACCGUGAGAAGCAGAUGGUUGACCUUCACACAGGGACUCCCUGGGAAUCGGUGACUCUCACCUCACUCGGCAACAACAAAACCAUUUUCUUUCAUAUUUUGGAGGAAGCCCGGGAGCUGGCCCUGCGGCAGGAGGAGGGGAAGACGGUGAUGUACACUGCGAUGGGGGCCGAGUGGCGACCGUUCGGGUUCCCGCGGCGACGGCGACCACUCAGAUCAGUGGUGUUGGAGAGAGGAGUCGCGGGCCGGAUCGUGGCGGACGUGAGGGAGUUCAUCAGCAAUCCUUCCUGGUACAUGGACAGGGGGAUCCCAUACAGACGAGGCUAUCUGCUGUACGGCCCCCCCGGCUGUGGGAAAAGCAGCUUCAUCACGGCGCUGGCCGGGGAGCUGGAGUACAGUAUCUGUUUGCUGAGCCUGAGUGACCAGAGUCUGACCGAUGACCGACUCAACCACCUGUUGAUCGCGGCCCCGCAGCAGAGCCUCGUCUUACUGGAGGAUGUGGACGCCGCCUUCCUCAGCCGUGACCUGGCCACCGAGAACCCCAUUGUGUACAAGGGAAUGGGCCGAUUGACCUUCAGCGGUUUGUUAAAUGCACUCGAUGGAGUGGCCUCAACCGAGGCCAGAAUCAUCUUCAUGACAACAAACUACUUGGACAGGCUGGACCCCGCAUUGAUCCGCCCCGGGCGAGUUGACAUGAAGCAGUUUGUGGGUCACUGUUCGCACUGGCAGCUCUCUCAUAUGUUCCAGAGGUUUUACCCGGACCAACCGCUCAGCGAGGCCGAGGCAUUUGCCAAGCGAGCGCUGGCUGUGACGGAUAGUAUCAGUGCCGCACAGGUACAGGGACACUUCAUGGUUUACAAACUGGACUCUGUCGGUGCCAUUGAGAAUGUCAAGGAGAUCAUCGCAUGAAAAGGGCACAGUGACAAUGUCACAGCACUGGGGAUUGGCACACUGGGCGGUGCUGGGGAUUGGCACACUGGGCGAUGCUGGGGAUUGGCACACUGGGCGGUGCUGGGGAUUGGCACACUGGGCGGUGCUGGGGAUUGGCGCACUGGGCGGUGCUGGGGAGUGGCACACUGGGCGGUGCUGGGGAGUGGCACACUGGCCUGGGCACAUGAACAAAUAAACUCCAUAUACAUUUC